UAACAAACGCUUUGCUUUUUGUCAGUUUGCCCGGCAGGUCACGGAAUGACAGCUUCAACACAGAUAUCCAGGGCAACGCUGGCUCAGAGGCGUCGCCCACAGCCGAGGAGGCGGGCUCAGGAGAGGGCGGGGCUUCCAGCAAAGAACAGCAUGGCUGCACGGAGAGGAGGGGGCGUGGCCACCAGUCCCACAAAUCGUGGCCGUCGGCAGUGAGUGACACGGACAGCGUGGGCGGAGGCAGUGGACUGGAGUCUCCCUCAGUCAGCUCAGCGGACAUCAGGAAGCUGCCCAGGACCUCCUCCACUGGCACCAUGUCUUCCAACGAGGAUCUGGAGGAGAAAGACUGCAAAGUGCCGUCCUUCGAGCAGGGUAUAAACGGGAUAGAGCCCGAGAUCGCGGUUUCCACGGGUCCUUUCCGGAACAUCGGUCUCUCCAAGGCUGCCCAGACGCAUCGCCUGCGGAAACUGCGCACUCCAUCCAAGUGCCGGGAGUGUGACAGCUACGUGUACUUCCAGGGAGCCGAGUGCGAGGAGUGCUUCCUCGCCUGCCACAAAAAGUGCCUGGAGACCCUGGCCAUCCAGUGCGGGCACAAGAAGCUCCAGGGGAAGCUGCAGCUGUUCGGCAGGGACUUCACGCAGACGUCCCGGGACAGUCCAGAGGGCAUCCCCUUCAUCAUCAAGAAGUGCAUCUCCGAAAUCGAAAGGAGAGCCCUCAAGAUGAAGGGUAUUUACCGGGUGAAUGGGGUGAAGACCCGCGUUGAGAAGCUGUGCCAGGCCUUUGAGAACGGCAAGGAGCUGGUGGAGCUGUCCCAGGCAUCGCCGCACGACAUCAGCAACGUGCUGAAACUCUACCUGAGACAGCUGCCCGAGCCGAUCAUGCCCUUCCGGCUGUACAACGACAUGAUGGGCCUGGCGAAGGAGAGUCUGCAGGGCACGGGGGGCCCGGGUGGGGAGGCAGUGAAGGGCCCCGAGCUGGUGGACCUGGGGCCCGACACCGACAAGGAGGUGCUGGCCUCCGUGCACAAGCUGUGUGAGCUGCUGAAGCAGCUGCCUGCCCCCAACAUCGCCACGCUGCAGUACAUCACCCGCCACCUGCGCAAGAUCUCCGAGGUGGAAGUGGACAAUAAGAUGAGCUCCAGUAACCUGGGCAUCGUGUUCGGCCCCACGCUGAUGCGCCCUCGACCCACGGGUGCCACGGUGUCCCUGUCUUCGCUCGUGGACUACCCGCACCAGGCACGCAUCAUUGAGACCCUCAUCGUCUUCUAUGAGACCAUCUUCGAACCCGGGACUUCCAGCUCCAGCAGGACCUGCAGUCAGGACUGUGCAGCCGAGGAGAACCCCGAGCUGGGAGAGGAGGGGGCCGAGGAGCAGGGUCCAGUGGACUCUGAUGACAGAGCUGAAGAGACGUGUAGGAAUUCUGUGGGCUCGUCGGGGUCAAGGGAACGCUCCCUGGAUUCCGACUCGGAGGAUGAGACUCCUCCGCCACACCUGACGAAGCAGGAGAGCGAGACGAGCACAGAGCAGCUCUGCGAGACAAUUGAGGACGAGAACCACGAGUCGGACAGUGAGGUCGCAGGGGACGAGGGGCAGGACCAGAACGGAUCGCUGGCAGAGCACAACACCAACCAAUCAAAUAACACGUUGGCCAGCCCCGCCCCCCUACCACUAGCUCGCCUGAAGGGAGGGAAGUUGGAAGUCAGUUGCAGCGAAGAACGAGAGCCUGAAUUUGUAUAGCCGCUGGUAGUCCACCACCAACAACAGAAGAGAAUAAAUAUGCUUUAUUGAUCAUAAGUUUGAAUUGUUAUUAUUAAUUCUAUUUUUGCUAACUCAAAUACAAACUGCCUUU